AUGAAGUCUAAGGUGGCAGGCCUAAUAUUCGCUAUCCUUGUUUUCUUAUCUUCUUUACUUGGUUCCGUUUUCCUUCUUUUCCCGUUCAUUCCACUAGCUUAUUUCGCACCUAAAGUUUGGAGAGAGAUUGCUGAUCGACUUCUGGGCUAUUGGCUUACUUUUCCUGCAGUCAGUUUUUGUGUUCAUAUGAGUUGUGUGAGGGUCGCGUUCAGUCUCUGGUUGAAUGGAUUUUCGAGAGCAAGUUUUUCGUGACGGGCGAUUUGAUCCAGAGGGAUGAACCAGCUAUCAUUUUGAUGAAUCACAGAACAAGGUAUUUAGUAUUGUCAAUUUUUCAAGUUUUUUUUCUCGAAUUGAGGCUCGAUUGGCUGUUUUUAUGGAAUGCUCUGUACAAAAUGGAUCCGUGGCUCUUAACUACCGGAAAGAUUUCUCUGAAAGUUGUUUUCCUUUGUUACUUAAUGUUUAUAAACUAUUCCAGGCUCCGUUGAAAAAAAUUCCGGGAGCUGGGUGGGCGAUGAGCGCAGGAGCCUUCAUUUUUCUUGAAAGGAACUUUGAAAGUGAUAAAUCCAAACUGGAAGACAUGAUGCGUUAUUAUAAAGCUUGCGGGAAAAACUACCAAGUAAAUCGAAUACUGUUGUUGUCUAUUUCGUUUAGAUCUUAUUCUUUGCCGAAGGAACUGAUAGAGGCGAACGAGCAGUCCUUCUGAGCCACGCGUAUGCAGAUAAGAACAAUCUUCCUCGUUAUGACUAUGUUUUGCACCCUCGGACAACGGGUUUCGCAUAUCUACUCGAAAUCAUGAAAAGAGGUUUAAUUAUAAUUUUUUUUAGCAAUAAGAACGGUUUUUUUUUUCAAAAUAAGGCAACAUCUUUUCCUAAGUGUUCGAAUAUCUUUAAUUCCAGAAAACUACAUCAAAUACGUUUAUGAUGUUUCUGUUGCGUAUAGAGGUGAAGUUAUUGACACCGAAGCAAAACUGGUGAAAAAUGGCAAUUUUCCAGAAGUUUGUUUUUUUUUUUUUCAACGAAAAAUGAUAGUAUCAGGAAGUUCACUUCGAUCUGAAACGUUAUUCAGUGGAGGAAAUAGACGAAGACGUUUCUGUUUGGCUUCAAAAGUUGUGGUCGAAAAAAGAAGAAAAAUUGAAGAGGUUCGAGAUUGUCUCAAUUAUUCAGAAGUUAUUUUUUUCCAUUUGAAUUCACAUCAAAUAAAUUUUGUUUUUCUUGAAUUUCUUUAAACAGGAAUUUAAUAGUUGGCUCUCAAAAAAAUAUUUUUUUCAGUUUCGAAUAACGGCCAAUGCACCGGGAAAAGAAAGAAUGGAAAAAUCUUUUUUUUUUGCAGAUUUUACCAAGGAAAUUUGAACUUCGAGCCAAGCGGUGAAGGUUUUCAAUGGCCGGUAAAAAAGGAGAUUAUUUUGUUUUAUUUAAUUCAAAUUGUUCUCAGAUCGCCACCACAGGCCUUGGCUAUUCUGUUGCCUUUGCUUUCUGGAUAUUCUCCUCUUUACUUUGGAUUUAUUUCAUUUACGCCUACUUCUUUGUCAAGGUUUGUCUCAAUAAUUCUCUAUUCAAAGUCUCAAAUUAAGGUCUAUUUCUUAGCUGCAUCGUUAUUUUAUUUGUAUGGUCUACAUGCUCACAACGGUGUAGAAAAUUUAGUUUUGAAAUGGUUUGAGCGAAAUCCUUCCAAAAGAAGUUAGAAAAAUUUUAGCCGUGAUAGAUUUCAUGCAGUAGCUAUUUUAUUUCAUUUCAUUGAUUCUAUGUAUUUUGUUGAUAUUUUCUUGUAUGUGUAAUUAUAUUUAUAAGAUUCCCGUUGAACUCGAUGUGUUGUGAUCUAGUCAUUUUGGUUUUGAUAAAUCAUCUUUUGCUUUUUCUUAAAAGUAUUUGAUUGUAUAUACAGCAAGUAAGUGCUCAUGGUACAUUUCGAGAUUUCGUUUUGAUCGCGUUUCGGGAAUAUAAGACGUUUUUGGAACAGAAAUGAGCUCUCCUGGAGAGCCUCCCGUAAUUUCGGGAGGUCAGCCGCUAGUCACCAGGUUGAAGGGAUGGCUUUUCGGAAUCGGCAUGCUUUCUUCCUCUUUGUUCGGUACUUUUGCCUUCCAAAUCCCUAAUUUUUGUUGCUUUUCUAGGUAUGUUGUUCGUGAUCACUCCAGUCAUGCCUUUGGCCCUUUUCAAACCGAUCCUUUGGCGAAAACUUCUUGAUCGACUCGUUGGGAUGUGGGUCAUAAUGCCGGGGGUUCGUUUUUUUUUUUUAAAUAAAAGAAAUUUUACAAACCGGAAAGGUUCAGGAAGAAAACCUUGAAAAGUAUGAACAUGUGUUCUUAAAAAUCGUUAUAUUUUAAUAGGGAAUCAAUAAUCUGUGCUUGGAUUGAGCCUAUUCCGCGCCAGUUUGUCACGUUUUUCUUUCCGCCGAGAAUACCCUAUCACAAAAUAAAUCAAAAUAAAGCAACUUUGCUUCAAGACCAUUGUUGUCUGCUGUAUUUUUAGUAGUUUUGUAGAGCGGAAAGUUGGGUUUACGGUAGCUGUUUCUUUUCUUUCAAAACGUGACUUUCUCCCGCGGAACGCAUUAAAAGUUUCCUUUUGAGUUUAUUUAGUGUUGAUCAAGUUUGGAAUUGAUCAACACUAAAUAAACUCAAAAGGAAACUUUUAAUGCGCUCCGCAUCAAAUUUUUUUUUUCGAUUACAGUCGUCGUUUAAAAGUUUAUGUGCAUUUAUAGGCUUUCUUGCAACCUGAUUGACUUUUUUUCCUAUGUGUUAAAUAUCAAUGUCUCUUUAUCGAAUUGAAAAAAAUCAUUUUUUUAUAAUAUUUAUUAAUACUCACAAAUUACAAUUUAUCCGAUUUUUUUGCAAAAAAAGUUUUUGAAUUUGAUAUUUUCAGCUUUACAGACAGAAAAAAAGCUCCAGAUGAGAGUGAUAAAAAAACUAAGAAAGUUUCUCGUAACGGGGCUAACAAAUUUCAAUGGAAUUAACGAUUUACAGCUUAAAAAUAAAAAAAUAGGUUUGAUUGGUAAAACUUAAUUUGAACAUUUUAAUAUCGAAACCGUGAGAAUGUUGAGGCGUUGAUGUCGUUUAUGUUCGGAGCCUCGGUCAAAGUUCAAGGUCACAAAAUCGAUCACAGUGAGCCCGCUUUGAUAAUAAUGAACCAUCGAACAAGGUUUCUCUCCCUUGUUGAGGUAUCCCGACUGCUUUUUUAUAGGUUAGAUUGGUUGUUUUUCUGGAAUGCUUUGUUCCAAAUGGAUCCGUGGCUCUGUACAUCUGAAAAGAUUUCGCUCAAAGGAAUGCUGAAGAAAGUUCCUGGAGCAGGUAAUCCGAAAUAUUGGAUACCGGCAUCGGCUUGAAGGUUGGGCGAUGCAAGCUGCGUGUUACAUAUUUCUCGAUCGCUCAUUCGAAACCGACAAGAGCAGUUUGGACAAGAUUAUUACGUAUUUUGCGGAUACCGGUUACAAUUAUCAGGUAUUAAAUCAAAAUAAAUUGUAUUUUGCUCAAUGUCCCCAAUCCUAGUUAGAAUAAUAUUCAAAAUUUUUGGAGACGAGUGAAUCUUUUGAAUGAUUUUCUUAUUCCUCAAUUCGAUAGCUGUUGAAAAUAUUGAUUUAAACGUUGAUACAAAGGUGAACCGAGAAGUCGAUACAAAUAGCUACCGGGUAGCAACUUUUGAAAAAGUCAGUCGGCGUGUGGUAAUCGGUGGUCGUUUGUAUGCGACCGGGUACUAUCUCUAUAGUACCUGGGUCGAAGGUCGAUGCAAGUAGCUACCUGACAUUCGCGAUUUCUUUCGAAAAGUCUGGAAUUGGUUCCCCGGUCUUUAUUUUUUUCCAGCUUUAUCCAAUAAGACCCUGGAAGGCUUGAGAAGGUGUAAAAAACACUGGUGCUGAAUAAACGACCGAUGUGUCAGCAAGUGGCAAUCGCGAAUUUCAGGUACAUACCCGGUAGCAUCCAGAUACCGAUCAGGUACCACAGAGACGGUACCCGGUCGCAUACAAAUGACCACCGAUUACCAUUCGCCGAUUCACUUGAGUUGCUACCCGGCACCUACUUGUAUCUACCUCUCGAUUCACCAGUGUAACUCAUCAGAGUUAAAUAAUCGAAGUUGGUAGGAAUGAAGAUGAACUUUUCGACCCGAUAUAAGUAGUCCAUAUUUUUCAGUUGUUGUUGUUUCCCGAAGGUACAGACAAAUGUCCAAAGGCGACAGAGAGGAGUCGACUACACGCCGAGAGAAAAUCCUUGGUUCAUUAUGACUACGUCCUCCAUCCCAGAAUCACCGGAUUCGUCCACAUCGUUCAGUCCAUGCGCAAACGUUGGUUCUUUUUUCAAAAGGGAAUUUAUAAUAACUAUGAUAAUUCUCUAUUUCAAAAAAAAUUCGGUAAUGAAAAACGCUCGGAGCACCAUUUUCUCUCUUCAAGAACUCGUAUAUUUCACAGAAAAGAUUAGAUUAAUGAACCAAUUUUUUAAGCUCUUUCAGAAAUUAGGAUUUCUUUGAAAAGAAUUUUUUUCUCACGCAAAAAUGAAAAAAAUUACGUAAUUUGGAGAAAAAAGUGUUCGGAAAAAAAAAUAUAUAAAGUUAAGUAACUAAAAAAUGAUUCUCAAAUCUUGUGUUAUGUUACAACAAAAACAAUAUUUAUUGGUUGUUUUAGUCAGAUGGAAUCGACUAGGCGGUGAAAAAAUUGCUCUUUUGAGCGGCACUAACACCGCCUUUGGCGAAAAAAAAAGUCAAAACGUGUAGUCGAUUGAAUGGAAAGCAUGGUCUUACGGUCCUUCGCCUCGUUCUUCCACAAGUUGAUCCCUCAGUUUCGCGGGUACGGGCACGGCGGUGAUGGUGGGGCUCGGGCACGGACUCCGUGUACACUCUAGGGUAGCUUCGGCCGACUGAGAGAGCUACCACUUCGAGUGAAGAAAAUACACUUGUUAAUGUUAAAAAAAAAGAAAAAAAAGGUAUAUAUCUUUUAGGUGAGCUAGAAUAUUUUUACAGAGAAAACAUUUUGUUGUUAAUUCUUGUUUUAUCAACAGCUUUAGCAUGAAAAAUUUCAGGACUAUUGAAUGAAAAUGUCAGAAUGUUAUUAUCGCAAAAAUUUUUCACUCACUAUAAAAAGUUUUAUGUUUUUGACUUUAUCCUAGUUUUAAAAACAAUGGAGACUCCUUUCAAGAAAGAAAAAACGCAAACUAACGGCUGUCUUCCAUUUUCGACAAAGCCUAAAAUUUCAUGAUGCUCCUGACUUGAAUAUUUAAAAUAAGGCGCGGAGUUUUUUUCCCUCCAGUUUUCUUGUUGCUGAGUCGGCAGCCGUUUCGUUGUUUACAAUUUGAUUAUAUUUAUAGAAAAGCUUUUUCUACCGUUUUUUUAGCGAUGAAAAAGGGAAAGAAAAAUAAAAUAGGCUUCUUUGUGAGAUUGCUUGACCGAUGUUUUUCUUCAAGCUGUGGUACUGGACGUUGCAAUUUCUCGCGAUAAACGUGCCAGGCCAGUAGUUGAUAAAUGAGGUCCUGUUUUUACACAAGUCAAAACUCUGGCAUCUCGCGUUUUCGCGAAUGGUUUUUGAUGGAUGUCCAGUCGCUACUGGACUCGCGGAUUUCGCAACGUAAUCUUAGAUGGCAUUUAGUUGUCGCUGAAAAAUCGGAGAAAUUUUAAAAUUCAUGUUUAAAAGUUUUUAAGCGGAAGAAAUCGAUCAUUUUCAAAUUUUUUAGAUUUGAAUGAAUUUUUUUUCAGCUUCUAAGAUUAUUUGAGUUUCUCAGUUUUUUUUUCUAAAAACUCCAGAGUGGCCCCUGUGUUUUAGUUAGUGAUCCCUAUAGCGGACAUCUAGUCGAUUAUUUUCAUGAACUUUAUAGGAAGAAUUAUUUCCAUUCAGUAAGCUCAAAAAAGUUAGCGUUUUUUUUCUUUUCAAAUGGAAAAAUUAUCAAUAGAGAAUACAUCAAUCAAGCUUGUAUUUUUAAUUUUCAAAUUCGAACAAAAAUUGAAAGACCCUAUAUGGAUCACCUAAUUCGUACCUCUAUAGGGGCAUUCUCGCGUUCCUAAGUUCGUAUGCAAAAAAAGCUGAGUUUGGAAGAGAUGGCUAAAGCUUAUUUCCGCUAGCGAUUAUUCGGUGAGAUCAAAUUCUCGAAAUGAUUGACAAGGUAUUGAUGGGAACGAGCAUCAGUCGCACUGUGUAUUACAUAAUAUGUCAGUUGUGCUCGUACUUGCUGAGAUCAAGCGUGGGAGUUGAACAGGUAGUGUGAGUGCAUCCAUUUUCUAGCAAAUGAUGUGGGUGAGCGGCGAGUUGAAAAGAAUGUUUUGCGCGGACAGCAAUUGGAUAUAGAUAUGAGGGUACCGCGGCAGUUGUCCUCUGUUUUCUGCUCUUCUCAUCUCAUUUAGUAGUCUCAACUCUGCAGUUAACUACAUCAAAUACUUGUACGAUGUCUCCAUCGGCUUCGGUGACGCGAUCGUUCAGUCGGAGAUCGAUCUCGUCUUGCAUGGUGCUUGUCCCAAAGAAGUCUAUUAUCAAGUAGUUUUCUCCUUUCUCUUUGUUCUUGUACCUUUCCUUUUUAGAUUCGGAAGCUUCCCAUCGACUCUUUGCCGUCUUCGGAUGAAGGAUUGGCGGAGUGGCUGGUGGAACUGUGGAAAGAGAAAGAACGGAAGUUGAAGACGUCAGCCUUGGAAGCCUUCAGGCCGAAUGAAUGUUUUUCAGGUUUUAUACGCUGCCUCAGAAAGAUCGUCAUUUUCCUCCUGUCGACGGCGGAGAACAGUUUGGGGUGAUUUUUUUUAAAAAAUGUUCGAAGUUCUCAAUUUGUUCCUCAUGAUAAUUAAUUUUAUAUUAUGAAAUCGCCCAUUUUACAGUAUUCAGCAAUAAAGUUAAAGGAAGACGCUAUGUAAAGAUUUCCGAUGUGUAAAGUCAAAGAGAAACCUUUUUCCGCUCGAGUUAUCUAGCUUUGGGACAAGCGUUUAAAACUUCCUUUGCCGAUCGGGAUAUUUUUCUAACUAAAAUUUCAUGUAAACUCUAACGUGCUUCAUGGAGGGUUUUGAAUGCAGUCAUGAAAUAAAAUUUUCCGUUUUUUUUUCUGGUUUUUGACUGAAGAAUUUAUAUGUUCUCAUGGUUUCAGUUGGACGAUUACCUUCAAAACACGCAAAAGUUCGUGGUUUCGUUUUGGCUUUUGACGACGCUUUUCUGGACGUACAUGUUCUUCGAAGUGAGAUACUUUGGCGUGAAACCUGCUGAUGAACCUUUUUUCAGAGCGCCCUAAUGUUCUACAUCGCUUUGGUGACGACUGUCAUCUACACUGUCAUCUGCAAGUGUUACGGAGGCCUGGAGCACUUCGCCAUCAAAAUGUUCUACGACCGGAAAUCUCACUUCAAUAAUGUUAAUAACUCUGAUAAUUCCAAUGGGAAUACUUGA